CAAAGGGAAAUUCAAGGGGCAGUUAGUCACAGAUGUAUUUCUAAAUGGGAUAAAGCAAAAAAACAGUGAUGUACACAGCCUUUCCCAAGCAUGAGAGUCUCUUCAUUCUGCAGGUUAGGGCUUGGCCAUUGAAGGGCUGAGGCUUAUAGGCCCAGAUCUUCCAGCUCCCCUAGUUGGCCCUUCCGGGAUCCGCCUGGUGUCUAUUGCAGGAAGGGGAAGGGGCCAAAGCGUGGGGGAAGGCGUGGCAGGAAGGGGGGAACUCUGUGGUCAGGGAACUCGCUGAGCACAACUGCGCAGCUCUGCCGGAGCGCCUGAUCCCCGGCCCAAGAUGAUUCCAGCAGUGGUCUUGCUCUUACUCCUGUUGGUUGAACAAACAGCGGCUUUGGGCGAACCUCAGCUCUGCUAUAUCCUGGAUGCCAUCCUAUUCUUGUACGGUAUCGUCCUUACCCUGCUCUACUGCCGACUGAAGAUACAAAUGCGAAAGGCGGCGAUAGCCAGCUAUGAGAAAUCAGAUGGUGUUUACACGGGCCUGAGCACCCGGAACCAGGAGACUUAUGAGACUCUGAAGCACGAGAAACCGCCACAGUAGCUUUAGAACAGAUGUGGUCACAUCCUCCUUCAGCUUCUAGUUCUCCUCCUAGUCCUUGUGGCAGACAUCACAUAUGACUCCAUGCCAUCAAUGCCAGCUGACCCUACCCAUAAUGAUUCCAUGCCCCAGUUAAUAUAUGCCACUAGUUCCUCCUUCCCGUCAGAGACUAAUGCUCAGAUGCUAUUUAUGGAUGUUUAUAUUCUAGUCUCACUUCCUUGUCCUACUCUUCUUCUCUUCCUCAUCCCUGACUCCCACUAGAUAGCUAGAAGGGAGGGCUCUCAAUAAAGCUGCCACAGACUGGACUCCAUUUAUUCACUUACUUUAUUUAUUCAACCGCUGCCAAGCACUAGGCGGAAUACAGUUUUCUUCCUGACCUCACAGAAUUCACUGUCUAAUGGACUUCGAGGCUAUUUUGCUGACUGUGUCUGGAGGAGGGAUGAGACCUCUGACGCUUAGGUGCGCUGGGCUGGACCUGAAGCAAGGAGUAACGUAAGGGGAGUCUAGGUACAUCCCGAGACAUUAGAACCUCAGAAAUGGCUUCUAUAGCCAGCAUGGUGUUCUGUGUCUGGCAGUUGGCUGUCCAGCUCCAAAUAAUUGUCAAUCUAGACAGUACCAAUUCAGUACAUGCACAUGGAAUUAGCUGAAAAGCCAAAAAUGCAAAAAGGAUGGUAUGACCAGGGCCAUGUGUAGCUCCAAAUGGCAGGUGUUAUGGGAACAGUGAGUUUUCAGUAGGUUCUGGGGCAAGAGAGACCUUAGAAAGCCAGAUAGGGUUAGUGGUGGGUAGGGCAUGGGGUAACAAGUCCAGACGGGAGGUCACCUCCCCCUAGUGGAUGGGUGGUGGUGAAGGAAUCCCCCUCUCAGUGGGUGUCUUGUUUCCAAAGCUGCCAGGAAGCUGUGCCUGGAAUUAUUUAAACCUCACUACAUGCUGUCAGUGCUACCUCUGCCCCGCAGUCCUUUCAGAGUGGGUCUAGAGUCCCCAAGCUUGCCCUGGAAGCCCCUUAUGGUGGGCAAUACUUUAUACUGCAUAGUGGCUUAUACUUUUCAAAGUGUUUUCCAGGUUGUUGUACCAUUUGAUCCCCUUACUAAUCCCUCAAAGAAAUCCAUGCUCUUUGAAGUUAAUUAACUUCUCACCUUGCAAGUGACCAACUGAGAUCUCUUUGUCCCUGCAUGUUUUGCCACAUAAGAAAAAAAAAAACAGGGUGGCACCUGUGGCUCAAGGAGUAGGGCACCAGUCCCAUAUGCCUGGAGGUGGCGGGUUCAAACCCAGCCCUGGCCAUAAACCACAAAAAGAAAAAAAAAGAAAAGAAAAAAAAAAAACAGAUAUUAAGAAAGAGAAGGGGAGAUGAGUAAUCAGGAAUGGUGAGACUCUAGAAGGCCAGAAGGAGGCUGAUCAAUAUAUAGAAGAAAUUGAAGCUAUCUCCAGUAUCUGAGGGGAAACGUGAUUUCAGAUGAGAUACAAGGAAUGAACCAGAGUAGGGAAGUUACUCUCUUUGAGAUGGGCAAAAUCUCACUAUUUUGCCCAGGCUGGUCUCAAACUUCUGGGAUCAAGCAAUUCUCCCAUCUCAGCUUCCCAAGUAGCUGGGAUCACAGUCAUAUGCCACUGUGCCUGGUUUAGGGAAGUAACUCUUUCAAAGAUAAAGAAGGGAUAAACUUUGACUGGAAAAUGCCCCAUUUUCCCUUGCCCUACAUUAUGGUAUUGUGAUCUGUCCCCAUCAACCUAGCCUGGUUUUUAUUCCAUUUUGAUUUAAUCUAGGUAUCACAGCACCCAGUUUUUCUAGUCUUACAUGUCUACCAAUUUGGAUACCUGUCAGGCCUUUGAAUGUCUGCCAUGGCUAUUAGUUCAGGCUCAAAGAUGUCUGCCAGGCUGGUUCUGUGAACACCUGGAUAGUGGGGGGAGAGGGGCUGGGAAUGAGUCUUCCCCAGACAGUAUCCAGGUGAGAGGUUUGGAAUGUAGGAGUCAGAGCACUUGGGGGAAGAAGAGUGAACUGAGGCCUUUCCUUUUAUUAUGGGAUGGGGUGAAACAAUUUUGUCUUAGCUCAGAAGGAAGAGAGGGUCUUGGGUGACACUUCUGGUUUCUUUUUUUUUUUAAGCUUUCUCCUUUUCGUAGAAUGAUUAAGAGGAAAUUCUGAGGGGCACCCUCAUUUCCUAGGGACUCUGUUUAUGAAUCCUCCAUUACUUUCACAGUUCCACAUUCCAUGCAAAGGCUCUUUAGUGCUCCACUUCAGAGCCAUUCCCAGGCCUACAGGAGAUUCCUUGGGUUUGGAAAAGAAUCGCGGCACCCCCUCCCUGUCAUUUCCAUCAUUUGUCUCUUCAUUGCUUUCUCCACCUCUCCACACCCAAAUCUCUCUCCUUUUAGAAGCACAUUUCUCUUUUUCCUUCCACCUACUCCUCCCCCACUCCCUUGCUUUUUGCAGUACCCCCAGACAUGAUAGGCUCACAGCUUGACUCCUGCAGCAUUUAUUGUAGCAAACGGGGCAAACAGAGGGAGGGGCUUUAGGCCUGGACAGUGGGUGUUAUAGAGGCCAUCUGGGGCCAGAA